AUGUCAUUUUGGCCAUUCGGACAGAGUUUGAAUAACUCUAACAUAAAUAAAAUAUUGGAUGAUUAUUUUAAUAUAUUACACAAUGUAGAGUCAACUGCCGCUAAUGUCACCAACACUUCUACAAGCAGUAGCAGCGGUACAAUUCUUGAUCAAGACGAAGAGGAUAAAAGUCACAUUAAUACCCAUACCAGUAAGGAUAACCUUGCCUUUAUUUCUAAUGAACAGGGAACGAAAUACCGAGAACAAGGUAACCAUAUUAAACCUACCCUAUCAAAUGGACAACAAAAAGAGGAUACCCAAAGCAUCAAACCUAUAGGUAUUGGCACUGGCAAUUCUAUAAUUAGUAAUUCAAACCAAAACAGUGUAGGUAGCAAUACCAGCACAUCCAUUCAAAAACAAACCCACAACAACGCCGCCAAUGCGUCUUUAAAGUUACUAAAUUCUUCAUUUAUGGAUAAAAUAUUGGAUGAACCAGAAUUGUUAAAUGAAUUAACUCGUAAAAAUAAUACUUUAUUGGAUUUUAUAUGUUUUGGUUAUUACUAUGAUGAAGAUAAGAAGAAAGUACAAAAUAUAGAAUACCUAAUUAAUUUAUUAAUGUUUUGUAUUGAUAGAAUUAAUGAAAACCAAGACAUUAUUAAUGACAAGCAUAACGAAGAAACAGGAAAGAAAGAAGAAGAAAAUGGAAGUAAAAAAAAAAGGAAAGGGAAUACUGAAGAAGAAAGAAAAGAGGGGAAAAAAGAUAAUGAUGAUACUGGUGAUGAUGAAAAGGAGGAGGAGGAGGAGAAAGAAGGAAAAAAAGAAGAAGAACAAGAAGAGGAAGACACUUAUUUGCAUAAAGCCACUGUUAUCUCAGAGAUUUUUGCAUUGGAUAUUUGGCUAAUAUCUGAAUCUUUGGUUAAAUCUGCCCAAUAUUUAGCCAACAUUUGGUCUAUUUUAUCAAAUCCUCUUUUUAAAAAGGAAAAAUCACCGCUAGUCCCCAUUUUUUUAAAAAUCAAUACUAAUUUAUUAAUCACAAGACAAGACCAGUAUUUAAACUUUAUUAGAUCUGAUAAGGUUUCAUUAGUCGAUGAUAUGUUAAAGCAUAUUGAUGUUCCCGUAUUAAUGGACUUUUUUCUUAAAAUAAUAUCCACCGAUAAACAGGAAUCCCCGACAGGUAUCUUGGAGUUAUUACAAGAUCAAAACAUUAUAGACAAGUUAAUUACUUUCUUUGAUAACGAAAAGUACUCUAAAGAUAUACAAACUUGUAGCUGCGAUUUCUUAAAAGCACUAAUUGCUAUUAGUGCUAAUGCUUCGUUAGAUGAUUUAACUAUAGGACCAAAUGUAUUGACAAGACACUUAUGUAGUUCGCCUCGAAUUUUAGAUAGCUUGAUUGAUAUUAUCGCUAUCAAAAGGGGAUUUGCGUUGAAUAAUGCUGUAUCUAUUGUUAUUGAACUAAUCCGGAAAAACAACUCAGAUUACGAUCAAAUAAACUUACUUAACACUACUAUAAAGAACAAUCCACCAUCUUCAAGAGAUCCUAUAUAUUUAGGAUACAUGUUGAAAAGAUUUACGCAAGAACUGCCUACUAUACUGGAGAUUGUCCUUCAGAGUGAUAAAAGCACCGAAAGUUCUACUCGUAUCAAUCAAAUGGGCGAAAGUUAUGAACCUUUGGGAUUUGAAAGAUUUAAAGUGGUUGAAUUAAUUGCCGAAUUAUUGCAUUGUUCUAAUAUGGGACUAAUGAAUAGCCGCAGAGCCGAACUGAUUGCUCUAAAAAGAGACAAAGUAAGGGAAAAUAUGUUAAAACAAUUAGAAGAUGCGUUUGAAGAAUUAACAUUAAAGAAUAAUGAUACCACUAACACCGACACAAAUAGUUCUGACGAGCCUGAUCUGGAUGACGAAGAGAUUGAGAUUAACCAAAUUGCUGAAAUUGAUGAAUCUUUUGAUAUACCGUAUGUUAAUAUUAAUCAAAAUAGUAAAAUUAGAGAAAACCCUACAAUUGGCGAUUAUUUUAAGAUUACUUUGUUUGAUUUGCAAAUAUUACCUCGGAUAGUUUCUAUGUUUCUGAAAUUUCCGUGGAACAACUUUUGGCAUAACGUUAUAUUUGAUAUUAUACAGCAAGUUUUCAAUGGGAGAAUGGAUUAUUCUUACAAUUCCUUUUUAGUAUUUUCCCUUUUUGAGUCAGACCAAUUCAGUACUUUUUGUGCUGAAAAGAGUGCUGUAGGAAAUUUUUUAAAAUUUGAUUUGCCUCGUGACUUAAUUUUGGAAGGGUACAAACAGAGUUGUGAAUUUUUCAAUAAGACACACAUGAAUUUAGGGUUUAUGGGCCAUUUAGUUUUAAUUGCUGAGGAGAUUGUUAAAUUUUCUAAAGUUUAUAAAGUGGAACUAAUAUCUCCUGCUAUCCAUGAAUCUUUAUCCAAUCCAAAUUGGGUAUUUUAUUCGGAAGAUAUUUUAAUGGACACUAGAUUGAUGUAUUCCAAAAUUUUAGGAGGAGAAAUGAGUACCAAUGCUGCUAUGGAUGAAGAGUUAUUAAUACAACAACAGCAACUUCAACAGCAGCAACAACAGCAGCUUCAACAACAACAUGGAGAUAACAGUGUAAACUAUGAAUCUUUAGACGAAUUUACGGAGGAACAAUUAAUAGAAGAAGGCUUGCAUCAUAUGGAUGAGGAAGCAAAACAAAAUCAACAAGGGGGCAAUACAGCUGAAGGAAAUAUGGAUGGGGAGAAUGUUUAUGAUGAUGAAUUAGUACCCUAUGAUGGCAUAAACCCUCCCGCAUUAUUAGUGCCCACCACUGAAAUGGAUAUAAUUAAUUAUACGACUCAAGAGGAUUUGAAUUCUAAGUUAAGGAAAAGAUUGAUUGAGCAAAGUCGAUUGGAGGUGGAAAAAAAAAAUGCUGAUAAGGGGGUUAUACUGUUGGGUUACACGGAAAGUAGCGCCGUUUCACCUACUUCUACUUUUAAUGGUAAUGAUGAUGACAAUAAAAAUGCUAAUGCUAACGAAAACAAUUUUAUGCAUGAUAAUGAUAAUAAUCAAGUGAAAUGA